CUCGAGCGUCGCGAGUGAAACACAUUGUGUAUGGUCUCCUUCAGGACGCGUCCCACGUGGUGCCGGUGAUGCUAAAGUGAACGUCGCUAAAUGUAUAUGCAGAUGCUGUUCGUCUUUGCCUUUAUUUUGGAGGCGGCAAGCCAAAGCCACGGGCCGGUCUUCUUGCUCGAACCUCCUGCUCACCUCACAUUUUCCAAUACCACGGGCUCGCAGGUCAGUUGUUCGGCACAUGGAUCUCCAACGCCGCAAGUAGACUGGUUGCUACAGGAUGGCCAAACUGUCACCGCUGUGCCUGGGCUUAGACAAUCACUGGGUAAUGGAACUUUAUACUUUCCACCUUUUAGAGCAGAAGAUUAUCGAAAGGACGUCCACUCCACCGUCUACCGUUGCAGAGCAUCCAAUUUAGCGGGUACUAUUCUCAGCAGAGACGUCAAUGUAAGAGCCGUGGUGAAUCAGCAUUACGAGGUGCAGGUGUACCACACUCAUGUAUCAGCUGGCAAUACUGCUGUAUUAGGCUGUGUAAUUCCCGCAUUCGUUAAAGAACACGUGAGUGUAACAUCGUGGUCAAGAGACGAAUCAAUCCUUCUGCCUGGGUCAAACAUGGGUGGACGAAUCGUCGUCACCUAUGGAACAGGUGAACUUCACAUACGUUCCGCAAGGGCCGAAGAUGGCCUUGCAAGAUAUUCGUGCCUAACACUUCACAUAUUGACACAAGAACGAAAAAGAAGUGCCCCUGCCAUUUUAACUGUUACAGAACCCACUCGAAGUAUGUCACCUCGACUGGCCCCUACCGUUCAAACAGUAGUUUCAGCGGAUCGUGAGACUGAUAUUCAUUUAACAUGUUCAGCGCAGGGAAAUCCACCGCCAACAUUCAACUGGUUUCGGGAAAUAGAAAGCCACCUACAACCCGUACAUUCGUCAGCCCGUUUCGAACCCUCACAAGACAUCCUUCACAUUAGACGUCUAAAAUCCGAAGAUGCUGGCAGAUGGACGUGUAAAGUAUCUAAUAACUUUGGAGAACAAAGAUUAGAUAUUCAUCUUACCGUCACUGCUCAUUUAAGCGUUCAUGUCCUUCCACAGCUACAGGUGAUAAACUCCGGAGAGAGUGCUAUAUUCAAUUGCACUGUUUCCGGAUCACCCGUGGGACGCAUUCUGUGGUUUAGAAACGGAGAACCGCUACUAACCGAUGGAAAUAGAAAAGUUAAGCUAUUAAGUCCACUGGUUUUAGCUGUGUACGGGGUAACACGACAUGACAGGGGAAUGUAUCAAUGUGUUGUCAGGAAUGAUCGAGAGAGUGCUCAAGGCAGCGCCGAACUUCGGCUAGGAGACACCAUACCCGAAUUACAAUAUACAUUCAUUGAGCAAGCGAUGAGACCCGGGCCACAAGUAUCACUUCGAUGCUCCGCUACUGGAUCUCCACCUCCCCAAUUCCGGUGGUUUCUCGAUGGCGAACCACUUUCUGAUAUAACCUCAGGGCAUCGGUACGCGAUCAGUCAGUAUGUUGAUCAAAACGGGGAUGUGAUUAGCCAUCUAAACAUCUCAAAUGUACGAGUGGAAGAUGGCGGUCUUUACAGCUGCCGAGCUUUAAAUUCGCUAGGAUCAACAGAGCACUCAGCUCGGCUCAAUAUAUACGGUCCUCCAUUCAUACGAUCUAUUGGUCCUGUAAAAGCAGUGGCUGGAGCGGAUAUAACUUUACACUGUCCAUAUUCGGGCUAUCCAAUUGGAUCUGUCCGUUGGGAACGUCACGGCCAAGAAUUGCCUCUUGAUUUGAGGCAUCGUUUAGGAGAAGAGGGAUCUUUAACGAUAUCGCGACUGGAUCCAACCGCCGAUUCGGGAUUUUAUGCCUGUUUUGUCACCAGUAGAGAUGGGGAGGUUGCUCGAAGAGAGAUUCAACUUAUUGUAAAUAGUCCACCGAUCUUAGAACCGUUUCGGUUCCCUACUAGUCUUCAAGAAGGCGGUCGUGCACAGGUCACUUGCUCUGUGACUUCCGGAGACAUGCCAAUACACUUUGCCUGGUAUAAAGACGGGGAACAUAUAUCAGCCGCUCUUCAGGUGGAGGAACGUGCAGCCGAAUUCUACAGCAUACUAAUAUUUAAAGAAGUGUCCUCGAAGCAUAGUGGAUCUUACACUUGCGUCGCAAGUAAUUCAGCUGCGAGAGCCAACUAUACUGCCCAGCUGAUGGUUAAAGUUACUCCCCAGUGGGUCACUGAACCACAAGACGUAUCAGUCCUUCUCGUAAAUCCAGUCCUAGUAGGUUGUUCAGCAAAAGGGUUUCCUGAACCCCAAAUAACAUGGCUUAAAGGUCAAGGAAAGACAUCAACGGAUUAUCAACCCCUGCUCAAUAUACACAGUCGUGCAACAUUGCUAGCAAAUGGUUCGAUGUGGAUCGAAUCUGUAAGCCCCCAGGACGAAGGAUAUUAUUUAUGUAGAGCCACUAACGGCAUAGGAUCAGGGCUUACGAAAGUCAUUUACAUCGGAGUUAAUGAACCAGCAAGAUUCGAUCUGCCAGCUAAAAAUGUGUCGGUGAAGAGAGGCAACGCGGCGAAUCUGCUAUGUCAUGUUUAUGGCGACAUUCCGAUUGAAGUUCUCUGGACCUUUAACGGAAAUCGUUUAGACACGAACAAUUACAGAUAUACAGCAAGCAGUACAAAUACGGAAAAUGGGGUAAAAUCGCAAGUCACUAUAGGACGCACGGAUCGAGAAGAUUCAGGAGUUUAUAAAUGCUUGGCUGAAAACACCUUCGGCCGCAGCGAGCACAUCAUUAAUCUUGCCGUUCAAGAAAGACCAGAUCCACCCAGUAUGUUAGAAGUAAUAGAAGUAGCUAGCCGUUCUGUACGCUUAUCGUGGAGACGUCCAUUCGAUGGCAAUAGUCCUGUUAUCGGUUACUUGGUUCAAUACCAAAUCCUAGGACCUAACCAAGACUGGGAACAGCCAACUGCUUUAAAUCUAACACUGCCAGCAAAUACACUUCCAGAUUCGGAUGUUAAUCCCCAAGAAACUGCUGUGAUAGGUGGCCUCCUUCCUGCUCGAGUAUAUACAAUGCGCUUGCUUGCAGUAAACAGCAUAGAUCAAAGCGCAUUCACCGAAGCCGUCAUUGUGAAAACGCAAGAAGAGGAACCGUCUGAAGCACCGAAAGACGUUCGCGUUGAUUCAGUCGGACCUGGCGAACUGUUUUUAACUUGGGCCGUUCCGCCUAGGGAGAGUUGGAAUGGAGAACUAUUAGGAUACAUUGUAUCUUGGAAUGAGCACGGAGGUCUCCCAAACCAAACUAAAAGCUUGACGGUUAAAGGCUGGGCUACCACAAAGUUGCAAUUAACAGGAUUGAGAAAGUUUACUCGUUACGACAUUAACGUCCGCGCCUUUAACAGUAUUUCAACAGGACCCGCCUCCCCAACAGUCAUUGGGACCACCAAAGAAGGUGUCCCGGAAGCAUCACCGCAAAACAUCGCUUGCUCACAAAUAUCUUCGCAAAGUAUGAAAAUAUCCUGGGCACCACCUCCACAAACCCUACACGGGGGGCUCAUCCAAGGAUAUAAAGUUUAUUACAGGCCGCUUCCGAACGAAAAUGUCGACAUUCCCACCACUGGAGAAGUUAAAAGGACUUCCAGUACAGAAACAUAUUUACAUACUCUCUUUAAAUAUACUAAUUAUUCCAUUAAGGUACUAGCUUAUACCGGCGCUGGAGAUGGUAUGAUGAGCGCUCCUCUAUACUGCGUCACAGAGGAGGAUCUUCCAGGUCCUCCUGCAGAUAUAAAAGCUGCAGCACUGACAGGCGAAUCAAUUCUUGUCUCUUGGUUACCACCUAGUAAACCAAACGGUCGCAUAAGUCAUUACACAGUUUAUGGGCGUGAAGCUGGCCGCGUAGGAAAACACACAAGUUACAAUGUUCGAAUGGAAAACAUGGUUUACAUAAAUGGAUUAAUGUAUGAAGUAAGGAAUUUGGUCGAACAUCAACUUUACGAAUUUUGGGUGUCGGCGACCACGAGUAUUGGGGAGGGUGAACCAACUGCUAUUGUAGCUCAAGCUACAAAUUCAAGAGCUCCUUCUAGAAUUGCUUCCUUUAGUCAAACAAUCAGAAAACCUAUCAAAUCCAAGAUUUUGCUUCCCUGUUUAGCUGUCGGAAAUCCCACCCCUAGGACUAGGUGGAUCCACAGAGAUAGACCAAUCACUUUUAGUUCUUUUUAUGAAAUCACGUCUGAGGGACAUCUGAAUAUUCACAGUGCAGAUCAGUCACUGUCAGGAAACUAUACUUGCUCAGCGAAAAAUCUUUUUGGUGAUGAUAACAUUACUUAUACUUUAAUGGUAUUAAUGCCUCCAAGCGCACCGACUUUAGAGGUGCAAUUUAGCACUACUCGAAGUAUUCGGUUACAUUGGACCCAGCCCGAAGAUGGUGGUUCUAUCAUUCAAGGUUAUACUCUGAAUACAAAACAUGAAACGGACGAUUGGACUUCGUUGGAACUUUCCCCGGAGCACAGUGUAUAUACCUUAGAUAACCUUCGAUGCGGUUCAAUCUACCACAUAUAUUUACUAGCACACAAUAGAGUUGGAAACGGAAGUCCGAGUCCAAUUCUUACAGUCAACACUAAGGGAGGCCCUCCACUUCUCCCAAAAGAGAAGGAACUUAUAUCGACGAACACAACAACUUUGCAGUUGAAUUUAUAUAAUUGGCCUGAUGGUGGGUGUCCCAUUUUGCAAUUUUCCAUAGAAUAUCGAAUAUAUGGGACAAAAAAAUGGAAUCUAAUUUCAAAUUCUAUACUGGAUGAAAAAAUUCUCAUCCAAAACCUCUCACCUGCCACUUGGUAUCAACUGAAGAUCACUGCAAAAAAUGAUGCCGGAAAAAUCACCGGACAUUUCAAUUGCGCAACUACUAUCUUAGGCGGAGGUAAAAUACCGCUACCGCCAAAUUUUUCCGAAGGAACAAUAUCGACCAAUGAAUUCGACUACAAAGAAGCUUAUAUUAUUGGUCCGUGUAUUUGUGUCGUAAUUUUACUAAUCUGUGGGGGUAUAAUCUGGUUAGUUCUGACCAAAAUGAAAAAACAAACAAACGAAAAUGUUCAACAAGAGGAAGAAAUUACUGAUGAAAAAGCGGCUGAACGAGAGAAUACACGAAACUGCCAACAAGUUUAUACAUCUUCUCCAAUUAAGUCGGCUGAAAAAAUUCAAGACAAUGUUUCUGGUGGAGGGAUGUAUGAAAUAAGCCCCUAUGCUACCUUUAGUGUACCCGGGAACAACAGUAGAUCAGUUACAACGUCAACGUUAGAUUAUACCAUGCAGUUCAAAACUUUUGGACAUAUUGAAGAUGAAGAUCACAAUGCUAUCAUUUAUCCAAAAAAUUCAAAUACGAAACACAGCUGGCAUAAACAUCGUUUUUAUAGUAAUGAAGCAGGUGAGGUCCCGAAAUCUCGUUUUCGUUCGAACCGCGCUCCAGCCCGUGGCGAUUCAGAAUCCGACGACACCAGUGGGAGUCCUUGCGGUGAUUGUCCUAGCGGUCCAAAUUAUCGAGUUCCGGUCAAGUCCUCACGAGAUUUGUUUCGCCCUGAUUCUAGUACUGAAUCUAACGACGUUUCUCCCUUAGCCGAACGUCGACACACUCCUCGUCAUGUAGGGGUUCAACGGCGACAACACCGUCCUUCAAGUUCCAGCAGUGUGGAAGACUGCGAAGAUGCAUCGCCGGAAGAUAUGAGGUUGCAACCCCCAACUGGAUUUUCGGAUAGUAGAGAAAUGAGCGAAGCUGAAUGCGACAGAGACAUCAACAUGACAACUAAACUCUCCAAUGAUUUAACGAUUCUAUUAGCUAGAUAUCAAAAAAGAAAAGAACAAGAACGAAGAGAAUUUACCAUACACGUAUAACAGCAUCGGUUUCAAGCAUACUUCUAGAUUGUUUUUAUUUAUUAUAUUAGUGGAAUUCAUUCUAUCACACCGAAUUACAAAUAUAAUUAUAUUGAUGUAAAUAUGGAGAAAAAUGAAUAAAGUU